GCUUUCAUGACUUUUGGAGCACGAAGCGACAUCUCUGUGCCGAUAAAUGACCCGACCGUGAGCCCGCGAGCGACGAUAGCAUUGACUCACUGUGCAUCUUCCGUCUCAGUCAUGUUCCCGCUACGAGCCACCGUCAACUGUGAUAUGGGGGAGGGAUAUGCUCUCUAUGUGAUUGGAGAUGACGAGUCACUCAUGAAAACGAUUCAUCUGGCGAACGUCGCCUGUGGCUUUCACGCAUCUGACUUUAACAUUAUGAACAAAACUGUCGUUCUAGCUAAAGCGAAUGGCGUGCUAGUUGGGGCGCAUCCGUCUCUCCCAGACAGGCAAGGCUGGGGCAGGCGUGAGAUGGUUAUGGAGCCUGACGAGCUCGCAUCGUGCUUCAUAUAUCAAGUGGGGGCCUUGACGGGCUUUCUCAAAGUGCACAAUGUGGAACUGAACCACCUCAAACCUCAUGGCGCCGUCUACGGGAUGACAUCGCGCGACCUGUCGCUUGCACGCGCAGUGGUCGGCGUCGCCAAGACGUUCGGUGUGCCCUUCAUGGGCCUCGCGGGAACGUGCCACCAGGCCGCUGCUGAAGAGCUCGGCGUGCCAUUCAUCGCAGAAUGGUUUGCGGAUUUGGAAUAUAGCCCGGAAGGAAAACUCCUCAUUACUAAGAAACAUAUUCCAGUUCCCGUGGAUGUUGUCCGCGCACGGGUUGCCAAGAUGCUCUCGGAAGGGCUGGUGACCACUCAAUCUGGUUUUGUCCCUUUGGGAGCCGGAGUCACGAAUGUUUCCAUUUGCUGCCAUUCAGACACACCGGGUGCAGUGGAGAUCGCAUAUGCGGUGAAGGCAAUGGUAGACGAAAGUAACGCGCGCCUGGGAUAAUGAGGUUUUUCCAUGUACAUAAAACUGUAUUAAAAUUGAACGCUACAUAUAUGCGC